CUUCCUUUUUAAACUACCGACGCUAAAUAAAUACCUUGGAAUUAAGCUUAUUCCUUGGUCAUUGUUUCAUAAAUUCAAAUCUUUUCUCUACUAAUAUUUUUCAUCGUAUAAAGUCUAUAUUUUUCUUCGUUUAUUGUUUCUUGUUAUACCUACUCCCCUGAGUUGUUGCAGAUCGACGCGUGCUAGAGUUUCAUCGGCACGCCGGUUCUCAACUCUAUUCAGCAGCCUCCCAAUUGACUUUAGCACAAUGCGAACCUUUACGCUUCUGACGUCUCUCGCCGUUGGAGUUUCUGCUGGCACUGUCUCUGCUCCAAUCGUAAAGCAAAGAUUCCAUCAUGAAUCGUCUCUUCACAAACGCGACACUCUCAGUCUCGCUGCUCUGAAUAAUAUCACAGGGGGUGGAUAUUACGCUGAGUUUCAAGUCGGUACCCCAGGUCAAAACAUCAGCUUUCAGCUUGACACUGGUAGCAGUGAUACCUGGCUCAACUCAGAUGAGACCGAUCUCUGCAAUAGUAGGACCAAGCAAGAGACUAUUGGCCCUUGUAUGACUACAUUCAAACCUGACAAGAGUCGUACCUAUGAAUUGGUCGACCGUGAUGGAUUCGACAUCACCUAUCUUGAUACGCGCUCCAUUAGUGGUGAUUACUUCAACGAUACCGUCACCAUCGAUGGAAAAAGCAUCAAGCAGCAGAGACUAGGUCUCGCUUCGGAAUCUGUUCGUCCAACGGGCCUGAUGGGCUUGGGCUUCUCUGCAAAUGUCGUCGCCAACGGGACAUACCCAACCAUUGUCGAGAAUAUGGUGUCUCAGGGCCUGAUCGACCGAGCUGCCUUCAGUCUCUGGCUGAACGACCUCAGUGCUGAGCAAGGAACUAUCCUCUUCGGCGGUCUCGACACUAAAAGGUUCGUCGGCAAGCUUGCAACUCUGCCCUUGCUGCCUGACCCUUCUACUCUCAACCUCACUCACUUCACCGUCGCCUUUGAAGGCUUCGAGGUCAAGACACCAAAGGGCCAGGAGAUCAAGGUAGACAGUCUCAAUAAAGACACCACCGCCAUUCUCGACUCUGGUGCCACCGUCUGCCUCUUGCCCGAAGCUCAAGUAGAGCCCAUCUACAAGGCCUUCAACGUCCUGAGCGUGGAGGAUGUCGCCAUCCCCUUUGUAGACUGCGCCUAUGGCAAAGACAAGGGUAAGGGCGUUAGCUUUGACUUCAAGUUUGACGGAAAGACAAUCUCUGUUCCCAUGAGCGAGAUGGUCAUCAAUGCCUUCCCCGACAAGCAGGAGAUCUUUGACGAUCCUCAAGUCUCUUCCUACUUCAAUGAUUGGGACAGCGUUUGUAUGUUUGGAAUCAGCCCUGUCAGUCAGUAUGGUCUCACUGGGGGCGUCACUCUUCUUGGAGACACAUUCCUGCGUUCUGCCUACGUUGUUUAUGACUUGGCAAAUGAACAGCUGGGCAUCGCUGAGGCGAACCACAAUACCGACGAGUCAAACAUCGUUGAACUCAAGGAGAAGGACACCAAAUUCCCGGAUGUCACUGGUGUUGAAGGCACCUCCAGUUCUGAAGAGGACGACAAUGCUGCCGGUCAUGUGUCUCCUGCUUCCAUGGUGACACUCAUCGUGGCUGCGGGUAUUGCAUUGACUCUCCUGUAAACAUGAGAAUAGGCCGGCGAUGGAGGUUGAAAGCCAGCGUCAGACGCUGGAAGUGAGUUCGCGCAUGUACAUAGAAUUUAAGACACUGGUUUCUUGAAGUGCUGUAUUUAAAAAUGAUACCCAUUAAUUGAAGAUGUGCGGCUGUUGUUGGCAUGUCGAGUUUCGUCCUCGGUUCCACAGCAAAUUCUGAACGCCUUCAACAUCUAUAUCCCAAUCUACAAUUACAUGGCCUUUGUGUCAACAUCUCAGCCCAUUUUGUUGUACCGCUCCCGUGCCCUGUCCUGCACCGUGUUCACAUAUUCAGCAUAACUGUUCUUUGUCUUGCGCUCAGCCAAUUGCGCUGCGUCGCCAAGAUUGCCACCCUCUGCGCCCAACCCAACGCCCUCCUGGUAAGCAUUUGUCUCGAUGACCUCGGUACGCCCAUCUCCGUUGGCUCCAAGACCUGCACCGGUUGACCAUCCCAUCUUGGCCAGCAUACCUGCUCCCUUGGACUGGACGGGCUUCGGAGCGGGCGCGGCCUCUUCCGCCUUUGGACCCGACUUGGGUUUGCCUUGUGGUGCGGUUGUUGGCUUAGUGGGCUGGUUGAAGGCAGCUCGCCUCUCUUUAGCACGAUCGCGAUAUUGUGACGUCGCAGCUGCCGAGUCGGUGUUCUCUUGGGCCUGUUUCUGAAGUCUCUUGUCGCGUGCUGCUAAUCUAGGCAAUGCCGCUUUGACCUGUUCCUCGUUUUCCAUCGCGUUCUUGUGGUUCCGAGAUUUUUCAUGAAUGUUAACUUCAUCCACGGAUUUGUACUUGCGCAUGCAAAUCAGGCACAUCAAUCGAUCACGAUCGACAUAAGAGACUGGUGCAUCCCCAGAGACUGAGGUUGCCUGUGUCGUACUGCUGGGAGUACCCGCCUCAUCUGGUGAGCCCUGCUUGCUGGGAGCCGCAUGCUCUGGAGGACCAAGUUUCUGUGUCCCUGAAAGUGAGAUCUUAAUAGCACUCUGGGGUUUCGAUGAGUCUCCUCCUGAACCUGACAGGUUGAUGCGAAGUGGGGUUCGAUUCACAUCGCUGAACUCAGCCUUGUCCUGUCGUGCCGGUCUAGCAUCUUUCUCGACGCGAAGCUCAUCCCUCUUGCGCUGCCACAUGGCCAUUUGGCCCGCCAUCAUUGGCACAGACUUCUUCGUAGAAGAAGCAGCGAGACUUCCCUCUGCUUUGCGCUUCUUUGACUUCUUAUCGUUGCCAUCUUCCUCGGUUGUUUUUGAGGCACCUUCACCUCCAGGAGGCUGUUCAUUAACAACCUGCGGGCUCGGAUACACAUGGUAGUCUC